AUCAAAUUCAACAUACAGAGGUAACGUUUCGUCUCUCUGCUCUUAAAAUGAUGGUGAGAUUAUCUCACUCAUGAAGUGACGGAAUGUUCGAGCUUCGUCUCAACAUCCAUUUGCUCACCCUCGGGACCAGUUAUACCGAUUUUGAAGCAAGGGUACUUCACCCGGGGACUCGGCACACGGCAUCCAUAGCGAGUGGUGGCAAGAACUUCAUCGCAGGCCUGGGCAUGCAGCUCGUCGACGCUCGUCGUUGAAGCAACUUCAUGGCGUUAUUUGGGGUUCAAACAGGAGACGGGGACAUCUUCGCUCCUCGUGUAUUAGAUGGCCAUCCAUUUGCUUCUUGUUCCAGAUUUUGGGACCCCGUGAAUGCUCGUUUCGAAAGCUGUACCCUUCCCUUCAUCUCUGCAGUUCCAAUCGUGGUUGCAGGAUGCAUUUUGCUAGGGUUCCUCGUGAAGCUACUCCCGAGGGGCUUACGGAGUCCGGAAUGGUCGCGGGCUUUUGUCGAGGAGCCGAAAGGGGAGCAAGGUGAUCUCCUGCCCAGUGAAAAGAAGUCGUUCACACGCUUGACCGUUGUUCUAUUUGCCGUGUCGGGCGUCUGCCUUGCCGUCCAAACGCUCACGGUGUUUUUGCCCACCUUUCGAACUGAGAUGGUGUUUCCAUCAGCAUCAUGGGCUGUUGGCUCUCUUGUCAUCGCUAUUUGUCGUCCAAACACUGCUCCGCUGGCUUUGCUUGUCUUGUAUACCACCAUCUUUACCACGCAGGCCAUCAUUUUUGUCGAUAGCCCUUCCGGACUGCAUGUUAAAGACUUGCCGUAUAUUCUUGCCCUCAUCUCAGCGCUCGUAGCAAUUGGCGUCAUCCUGGUCAUGCCGUUGAGGCAUCCUCAUUUACCAAAGGACCAGAUAAGUCCCGCUUUUGGACUACCCACAUCCGAGCUACGGAGCCCGGAGGAUGACUUGACCGCCUGGCAGUUUAUGACCGUGUCUUGGAUGGCGCCACUCAUGUCUAUUGGCAACAAAAGACAAUUGAACGAUGAAGAUGUUUGGCAGCUGGGCUAUGAGUUUCAGCAUAGGAUGCUACAUGAUACUUUCAGAGAAUUGAAUGGAUCCGUUCUGGGAAGGCUUUUCAGAGCUAAUGGACUCGAUCUUGUCAUUAUAUCUGGCUUGAGUAUGUUCGAGCUGGCGGCGACAUUCUCCUCACCAGUACUUCUGCAAAAGAUUUUGCAGAGUAUGGAAAACCCAUUGGCACCUACGCGUGCUGCUCUCAACUACGCAGUGUUGACACUGGUCCUCCGAAUGCUUGCAGCCCAAUCGGGGGUGUUCACGCUGUGGUUUGGGAGACGUGCAUACGAAAGAUCUCGUGGAGAGAUGAUCACGAUGCUUUACGAGAAGACGCUGUCCAGGAAGGUCAUUGCUCUGAGCAGCAAGGCGAUCAUCGAGGCUGACACAAAUGGUACCUCAAGUGGCGGAAAGCCUGCCAAGCAAAGUUGGUUCAGUCGGACACUGGGCUUUCUAGCAAAGCCUUUUCUCCUGCUCUGUGGUCGCAGAAAACCCCCUAAGAAUGAUCCGGCGAAACAACCAGCAUCAAUGGGGCGGAUUCUGAAUAUAAUGCUCGGAGACGCUUACAAUAUUUCCCAAAGAUUCUGGGAAUUCAAUAAUAUUGUCUCUCAGCCGAUCGGUUUAAUCUUCUCAGUCGUCCUGAUAUGGCAAUUGCUAGGCUGGCCCUGUCUCAUAGGCGUCAUCACCAUUGUCGUGGCCCAAGCCCUCAACGCAUUAUAUGCACGAGCUCUCAUUUACUGGGAGCGAAAACUCCGAGUCGCUACUGAUGAGAAGUUUCACAAAAUCUCCCAACUGGUUGAGUCGAUCCGCCACCUGCGCUAUUACGGAUGGCAAGACGUCUGGCUGGGACGAAUUAUGGUCACAAGACAACAUGAGUUGAACCUGAAGAUCAUCACCAGUAUUUGGCGCGCGCUCAUAACUUGUACGAAUAAACUUGCGAGUGGCUUGUUCCCGGUGGUCGCCUUUUGGGCGUACACGAUGUUGUCCGACAAGCCAUUGCGCGUUGAUAUUGCGUUCCCUGCCCUUCAACUCUUCAGAAUGCUCGAAAACUAUCUAAGGGAAUUACCUAAUCUCAUAACCGUUCUCUUAAAUUGUAAAGUCUCUGUUGACCGACUCGAAGAGUUCAUGGCUGAACCAGAAAAAGAUGGCGCCGAUUCUGAUAUGCCACGAAGCACCCAGCUCGAAUUGAAGAGUGCGUCAUUUGCCUGGCCCGGGGCCGAGGAACCUGUUCUCAGCGAGAUUAGCCUCUUCUUCCCCUCUGGCUUGACUGUCAUUUGUGGAGAAGUAGGGUCUGGAAAGACAGCUUUGCUACAAGCUUUACUGGGAGAACUCGACCAGCUAGGUGGGGAGUAUCACAGGACCAAAGAAAUGAUCGGCUACUGUGGGCAAACGCCAUGGCUACAAAGCAUGAGCAUCCGAGACAAUAUCCUCUUCGCUGCUCCUUAUGAAGAGACCCGGUUCAAGCAGGUCCUAGAGGCUUGCGCCUUGGUUCCUGAUAUGUUGACCUUCAAGCAUGGCGAUCUUUCCAUGGUCGGUGAGAAUGGAGUUGGACUCUCUGGUGGGCAGAAACAGCGUAUAUCUCUCGCCCGAGCCGUGUACUCCAAAGCCAAUACACUUCUGCUUGACGACCCGCUCUCGGCCCUUGAUCACCAAACCGCAGAUUUCAUUGUUCGGCGAUGCUUGUGUGGUCCUCUGCUCAAAGGGCGGAUCACAAUUCUGGUGACGCAUCGUACGGAAUUGUGUCUCGGCAUGGCAACUCAAGCGGUGCAGAUAGCAGAUGGACGGGCAAUUCUUCUCGAUCCGGAAACCAUUCCAUUCGAAGAAUUACAUAGAGUAACAUCGCAAGAUUCGACAAACGAAGAUGGAAAUGAUGAAGACAAUAUGAAAACAGGCUCCGCUCCCGAGAAAUUCUUGGAUGAAGAGCAUCGGGCGCAUGGCGGGGUCCAGUCAAAGAUCUACUGGGAAUAUAUCAAAGCUGGGAAAUUGAAAUGGUGGUUCAUUCUCAUAGUCAUUAUGUGCCUAUACCGCUUUGUCGAUAUUGUGGAGACCUGGUUUCUCAAAGAGUGGGGUGAAGCAUAUGGCGACCGAGUGGAGAAAUCAGGCGGAUACUUCGGCGAUCUACCUUCUCCUGAGGACAACAUUCGCCCUUGGCUUAUCGGUUUCGUCCUGCUAGCCAUUGCGCAGGCUUUAAUCUAUAUCGUUGUUCAAGGAGCCAUGUUGGUCAUCGUAUACCAGGCUGGGAAGAACCUAUUUGCCAGGGUCGUGACGAGGGUCUCUCAUGCGACUUUCCGGUUCUACGAUGUUACCCCGGUUGGCCGAUUGAUGAAUCGGCUUACAGGUGAUCUUAGGACCGUUGAUGGCAAUAUUAGCGCCCAGUUCCAAAAUGUGGCACUUCAGUCUGUCGCAUGGAUAUCCGCCGUGGUGGUCAUUGGAUCCGUUACCAAAAUCUUCCUUGUCUUCGCCCUAAUUCUCACAAUGGCUUUUGUCCUUAUAUUUAGGCAGUUUCUGCCAACAUCCCAGAGUCUACGCCGGCUAGAAUUUGUUUCUCUUACUCCGUUGGUUUCAAACUUUGGAGCAUUGGCCAAUGGCUUAACCACCAUCAGGGCUUACUGCGCAGCAUCUCGAUUUCAAGAUGGAGUUAUCCGUGUAACGGACAACUUCCAAAAGAUGGACCAUUUUUACUGGAGUCUCCAAGCCUGGCUUCAGUAUAGAUUCGACGCCUUGUCAGCUUGCUCAACGUUUCUGAUCACAGGGCUGGCUCUUUUCACCCAUUUAUCUGCUGGCCUUACGGCUUUCAUCCUUGCAGCUGCCGGAAUGUUCGUUAGCGCUACCCACACGUUGUGCAGGCAAUAUGGACAACUCCAAAUGGACUUUGUCUCCGUUGAAAGGGUCGUCGAAUUACUGCAUCUCGACCAGGAGCCUCCUGGAAAAGUCAUCCCUCCAGCAGCUUGGCCAUUGUACGGAAGUGAUAUCGUCUUUGAGGACGUCACCCUCAGAUAUGCACCUCAUCUCGAGCCGGCACUCUCAAACAUCAAUCUCAAAAUCAAAGGCGGCUCAACAACUGCGCUAAUCGGCCGCACAGGCUCGGGGAAGAGCACUCUAGCCCUCUCACUCCUCUUUACAACACCCCCAGAAUCUGGCCGCAUCAUAAUCGACGGGAUCGACAUCGCAACUGUGGAUCUCCAAUCCCUCCGCAAGCGUGUUACCUUCCUCGCCCAAGAGCCUGUCCUCUUCCCUGGCACCAUGCGGGCAAAUCUCGACCCACUGGACGAAUACAGCGAUUUCGAAUGUUCCAGUGUCCUCGAGAAAAUCGCGUCACGCCACGAAUGGUCUCUUGACACAAACAUCGACACAGGCGGCAAGAAUUUAAGUCAAGGACAGAGGCAGCUUGUCGGUUUGGCGAGAGCACUUUUGCGGAGAAGCCCGAUUGUAGUCAUGGACGAAGCGACGGCAAGUAUUGAUCGCGAGACGGCGAUGCGGAUCCAGGAGAGUUUGAGGGAGGAGAUGAGGGAGAGCACUGUGGUCACGAUAGCACAUCGCGUAGAAGCUGUGAGUAAUGCGACGUUUUGUGUUAGUCUUGCGAAGGGGAAGAUUGUGGAGGCAGCGCCAGCGGGGGAUAUGGCGGGGAGGAUGGAGUAGAAUUGUCGUUGGGCAGAGUGACGUUUCACCUCGGGGCUCUGUUAGACUCAAAUUAAUGUGUUGGAAAACUCAAUAAAUGUCUACCGUAUAUGAUCCGAGCCAGGUUUAGACAAAAAUAAUGGUCUUGCUUAAAUGGUAGGGAUAUUAAUGCUUUUUAAGACCUCUGCAGCGAAUACAAUUCGUCUAAUCUCUGAGUUGAGAUUGUC